GUCGCAAACUUCGAAGUCUGUAAGACAGAUUAAACGGCGUAAACAUCUCACCGACGCGGAUAGCUCAAUAUGAUCAUCGACCCCGAGUCCGACAUUGCGGCCAGCGUCACACUCGAGCGACCUACCAUUCGAGAAGCCACCCCGGACGAUGUUCCCGAGCUCGCACGCCUCUUCCUUGCAUCCGUAGAUACGUCUCUUCCUGGAGUCAAAUUCUCUCAUCUUCCGGGAUACGGCCUUCCCAGCAUCGAAUCGCACCUGCAGAACCGCCUCUUCCCCCCUCCCGCCGUGCAGACCGUUUGCCUCGAGGCUGCAGGCUCGCGUGAGAUCCUUGGAUAUGCCUCCGUUAAAAGCAAGCAUUCCGAGGAAGAUGAAACAGAGCCGGAGUUGGACAUGUUCUUCGUGAAGGUGGGCAGGUCUGGGAGAGUCUACGGAGGCAUGUUGAUGCAGGGCGUGCGAGAACGGUGGAGGGAGACCGGUGUACGCGUCAAGGUAUUCACGCGGAAUGAGCGGGCCAUUAAUUUCUAUAGGAAAUGGGGCUUUGUUACGACGGAUGCAGAGGAACUUGAAUUUGGCGAGGGUACUGGGAGACAGAAGGAACUGGUUUAUGUGAUGCGAUGGCGCGUAGCGUAGUAGAUACACGUGACCGCGUAGCGCAAAGCCGUCGUCGUGACCGUAACACCGGAUGAAACUUUCGAUCCUUCAAGUGAAAGAUCGAUAAAAUUGACAAAAUCUUUUU